CCUCAGCAGUAGCGCGCCACACUCACUAUGGCUUUAGCCGCAAGCAGGACGCUCUUGGCGCUAUUCGUCACGUUUUGCGCACCGGGAUGCGGAUGGACAGCAGAGAAGCCCCUGCGGUCACACAAUGGGAAACAGACAUCUGUAGACAAGGGCCUGAGGGAGAGCUGGGAGCCUUCGAUUCAUCUGGACGGAAGACCGGUGGACCGCUUCGUCAUCAGCCCCAACAAGCCCACAAGGUCACACCGCUUCACGAAAGCGGGAAAGGACAGUCGCUCUCAUCUACUGGAGGAUGUAGACCCUGAAUGGGUUAACCUGGAUGGCUUUGCUGUGUUGGGCGGUGCACCUGUCAGCAACUCAUCAGCAGGUCCCGCCAUGUCUCCACCAACUGCUGCCAAAAAUCAGCCCUCUGUACGGCGGGCCACCAGGGUGGACAGAACAGCUCGCCCACAGGGUGUAUCUAAUACCAGGACACACAGGAGGGCCCCUCAGUCCUCAUCAGGUCCUAGGCAACCUGAGAGAGCUGUGGCAGGAGCUCCCCCACUUGAAAGGAGACGCCAACACCACACGAAACCUCAAUCUGACCAGAGAAACCGAAACACACCCAAACUAACAUCUGAGUCCGUUCAUGUGGUGUCACUGCAGGCACAGAAAGCCCUGGGCCGGAGCGCACCCGCCAACAGAGCAGUCGCAACCAAAACCACCACACCAGAGCCACCGGAGUAUGAGGCCCAGGACAUCAGUGUCAGGGUCAUGUCUCCUCAGUCGGUCCUCAUCUCCUGGGUUGACCCUGCUGUUGAGAUGGGAAAGGUCAGCCCUGGGGAAGUCAGAUCAUACACAGUCAGGUUCAGGGAGAAGGGUGAGUCAGCGCGCUGGGAGUACAAGGACAGCACCCAGAGGAGGAUGAUGAUAGACACCCUGUCUGCUGACGGCAUGUAUGAGUUCUCUGUCAGAAUCUCUCAGGGAGAAAAUCAAGGGAAGUGGAGCGUGUCCGUCUUUCAGAGGACCCCUGAGUCAGCACCAUCUGGGCCACCAGAGAACUUCGAGGUCAAGCCGCUGAGGGGGAAAGGAACAGCUGUCGUUGCAACAUGGGAUCCACCUGAGGAGCCCAAUGGGAGGAUAAGAGAGUACAUCCUGUCUUAUGCUCCUGCUAUGAAGCCGUUUGGAAUGAAAACUGUGACGUACCGCAGCAGCACAUCCACAGCCACCAUAGACGGCCUCACACCGGGAGACCGGUACAUCUUCAAGAUUAGAGCGACCAACAGGAGGGGACAGGGACCACAGAGCAAGGCCUUCAGUGUUGUCAUGCCAGGAUCCAGCAGCACUGCCUCGUCGUCUUCAAAAACCACAGACAGCCGCAGGACUACUCACACUCCUUCCAAACAGGAUACUGACCAUGAGGAACCUGACCUCCAGUCAACAGAGGAACCAACCACUCCACCACGCCCCGCUGUACCUGCCAGCAGGCGUGUACGCCCACUUUCCCAGUCACGCUCCUAUCACAGCAUCUUCUCCUCUGUAAGGGGCUCAGUCAGGAACACAGUGAACAGAGGGUCAUCCAGAGGAAGAACUCAAGACAGAGAAGAUGAGGAGGAGGAAGAAGAGAUAAUACCCACAACACCACCUCCAGUAGUAGAGACGACAACAAUGGAGGUUGUGCCGGAGACAAAAGAGCCAGACAACGAAGUUUCCCCUGAAUUUGAGGAGGAAGAGGGAUACAAUGAAGAGCCUCUGACUACUAAGACCCCCAGCCUCAAAGUUUUGACGCCCUCCCCAACCAAACCUCAACCCAAGCCAGGGGCUAGAAGGGCCAUUAAGAUUAGGGUUCAUCAAAAACCAGGCUCCAAGGCUGCUUCCUCUUCAUCCACUUCUUCAUCUUCUUCUGCUUCAUCCUCCUCUUCUUCUGCCUCCUCCUCAUCUUCUACUACCUCUUCAUCCUCGCCCUCUACAACUUCAUUAUCCUCCUCCUCACAAAUUCAAGAGUCAGCAGCCAGUAGAAAGGACUAUGUGGCUUCCACGUACCCAGAACACAAAGACACCUAUGAUAAGCCCAGUGUAACACAUAUUAAACCCUCCCCUACACUUGUAAAAGAGACAGAGGCUACAUCUGAUGUUAGAGGUUCGGCUCCAGUAGGUCGCACCAAUGGUUCUGGGUUGGGCUCUAGAUACGGUUACAGUCGAAGACAUCCUGGAAUUUUGUUUAGAGGUAAUUCAACUCGAAUGCUUAAUGGUUACAAACCUGCCAUCACCACACAGUCAAAUUUGCCGAGCAAAACUCCGAACCAAGCAACUUCAAACACACGUAGUUCAGCAACAUCACAGUCCACUUUGCCAGACAGGACUCAAAAUCAGGGAAUAUUGCAUACUUUCAAUUCUAGGUCCCCUUCAGGAAGUGGAACUCACAGCCAGGCAGCAUCAGAUCCAUAUACAAAUUCCCAGAGCUCAGGCACCAAUCCAUCUACCACAGACACAGCAGGCUCUUCUCAAUCAGCGUCACACAGAGGAUCCCACAGCUCUGCAACUUCACACAACACACAGAAAUCAAACACGUCACCUGAGCAAGACACGGCACACAGGGAGGAAAAUUAUGACAGUAAUAACAGAAACACAGACACAGAAGUUACUAAAGUUGAAGAGCCUACUUCAAGCUCGAAACCACAACCCACGGAGGAGGAGAGAGGGGAGGGAGAGGGAAGGGAGGAGAGCAGUAAUACAAAACCUACGGUUCCUCGUACAAGACUUAGCCCCUCAUUUGCUGAAAGGUUCCCUUGGUUAGCUAGCCGUUACCCAGGAAGGUUUGGUUCAGGGUCGAGAGCCUCAUCUUCCAGGCAGGAUGGUAGAACCCCCUUGGCCAGGACGUCAUCUUCUGUGGGGGCUGGCAGACCAGUCUUGAGUCGGACACCCACCAGGGUUUCCGGGGCCACAGGUGCUGCAGGAGUAUCCACGAUACAGGAGACUAGUGAAGAUACAAGAACUCAUGACUCACUAAAAAACACAGUGGGGGCGGGUUCAGUUAAGCCUUUGACCAAACACAAUACAGAAUCUAGUGAUGCUAGAAACCCAACUACCUCAUCGUCUUCCUCUUCAGCUGCCUCUUCCUCAGACUCUGACUCCCAUCGUUCCUCAGAUGGACACGGUGAAUCAAGUGAGCCCGUCCAUAGAGGAACCACUGAUGUCAAUAACAACGAUCAUAAUGAGGAUUAUCUUGAUGAAAGGAACAGAGAAGUUAAUGGAAGAAAUGAUAAACUUACAGACUCCACAACAGCCCAAAAUAAUCCUACUGAGCCUCACAGAAACACAGAGGACAAUGAUAGUGUGGAUACAGGGGAAACUUCUCCCAGGACGAGACCUGGUUCACCAUCUGGAGGCACUCCAACUUAUCGUCGUCCUGGUGUUGGGGUCAGUGGGAGGGUACGCUCUCCUCUGCUGGCUAACAGGCAGUUUGGUGGAUCUAGGCUUCCCAUCAGACCACAGCCAGCACAGAAUUCAAGGCAGGGUUCUUCAACAUCCGAUGCCUCUUCAGCUUCUUCCUCAAAUGUUCCCCAGCCAGUUUUGACCUCAGAUCGUGACGUUGGCAGUGGCACUACUGUGACAAAGACAGGGGGAUUAAUUGGAGGCAACUCCCAGUCCACAUCGUCAUCCUCAGCAUCUAGAGACAGCCUUAGGGGCCAGGGGAGCCAGGGAGGCCGGUCUCGCUAUCCCAUCAUCAGAGGGAAACCAACCAACAGAGGACAACUCAAACCCAGCAAUGGAAACGGUAAAAAUGGACGACCCAACCUGACAGCAACAAGCGAUAAAGACUCCUCUUCCUCUCAUGGAAUCAGCAAGGCCGUUGGUCAAAGGUUUAUUACCGGACCUGAUGGAAACAAAUGGGUUGUUGAUUUGGAGCAGGGGGUUCUCAUGAACCAGGAUGGACAAGUUCUUCAGGACUCCAGCGGCAAACCUAAGAGAGUGGUGCUUGGAGAGGAUGGACGCACGAUUUUUGACCAUAUGGGCAGCCCCCUGGUAAACGAGGAAGGUAUGGCUCUGUUUGGCCAUGGCCGAGACAGCCGGCCUGUGGUCAACCCCAAAGACAAGGUCCUCAUGGUUGGAGGGAAACCUCUUCUUGGCUUGGACCUUCCGCACCACAGGACCACUACUACCACCACUACCACCACCACCACCACCACAACCACCACCACCACCACUACAGCUCCUACCACCACACCUGAACCCACCACCACUGAGUGGUUCAUAGAGGAAUCUACCACUGAAGCACCCUUCCCAACCUGUCCACCCGGAACCUUCUCCAGAACAGAUGAAUUUGGGUUUCCACUGGUGGAUCCAGACGGAAUAUUGGACUGUUAUCCAGAAGAGGAAUCCUCAGGAAUGGAAAUGGACCACAUGGUUACAGGGAACAUGGUGCCUGAUGCUUUAGCUCUUAAGAAAGAUGAGUAUUUUGUCCAGACCACCAUGCCACCCACAACCACCAUUACCACCAUCAUGGAGAUCCCGACUCUGGAGACAGACAACAGACCCUCUAACCAUGGCCCGUCAUCUGAGUUUGACCUCAGCGGGAAGAAGCGAUUCACAGCUCCAUAUGUGAACUACAUCCGGAAGGACCCGGCUGCUCCCUGCUCCUUGACGGAGGCUCUGGAGUAUCUUCAGGUCGACGUCCUAGAGGACUUGAUGGAGAAGGACAGCCUGGCAGCCAAUCAGAAACUGCCUCCCAAAAACAAGCCUCAUAACCUCACUGUGGUCGCCAUGGAGGGCUGCCACUCGUUCAUCAUCCUGGACUGGGGCCGCCCACUGAAGGAUGAUAUGGUGUCGGGCUACAUGGUCCACAGUGCCUCAUAUGACGACGUUCUCAACAACAGAUGGUCCUCCAGACUCUCCAGUGGGACACACCUGCCUGUGGAGAAUCUCAAGCCCAAUUCCAGGUACUACUUCAAAGUGCAGGCCAAGAAUGUGUUUGGUUUGGGACCCUUCAGCGAUACGCUCACCUAUGUCACAGAAUCAGACGAUCCUCUUCUCAUCGAAAGACCACCUGGUGGAGAACCAAUCUGGAUCCCCUUCACCUUCAAGUAUAACUCAGCCCACAGCAGCUGUAAGGGCAGCCAGUAUGUCAAGCGGACGUGGUACAGGAAGUUUGUGGGAGUCGUAUUGUGUAACUCUCUGCGAUACAAGAUCUUCAUGGGAGAUGGUCUUAGAGAGCCAUUUUACAGUAUAGGAGAUACAUUUGGUCAAGGAGAGGACCACUGCCAGUUUGUGGAUUCCUACAGGGACGGGAGGACAGGUCCAGCCUACCUAUCGAAUUAUCUGCCCUCAGCACAAGGAUUUUAUCGCGCCUACAGACAGGAGCCAGUCUCAUUUGGAGUUAUUGGCCGACGCACAGCCCAUCCAUUCGUGGGCUGGUAUGAAUGCGGGGUGCCCAUCCCCGGGAAGUGGUAACACAGGAGACAUUGUUACCGAGGGCAACCCUUCUGCAUCCUGCUGCAGGCUCUUACCUUCACUGUCCCUGCCCUUAAAAAACAGACUCUUGCCUGCCACAAUGAAACAAUGACACCACUACAAAUUUAUUACAGCUUCACAGAAAGAGAAUAUAGUACUUUUUAAACAAUUCAAUGUAUAUCAUUACAAUGCACUUUUUAUAUAAAGCAGUCUGUAUAUGAGGGGAAAAAGAAGCAUGUGUGCUCUUGCUCAGUUUAACUCUUGUCUUAAAGUGUCCUUGUACUAUUCCCAGCUAUCCCAGAGACAGGUCCUCACCCAGUGUUAUUUAUCUCAUCAAUAAUGCACACAUGUGGUCAAACAAGUGACAUUGGACCAAAGCACAAGCUGCAAAGCAAACUGUAAGAAUGGGCACUCAAGGUGUGUAUAGGUCUGUUAAUUUUCAAUCGUGAGAUUUGUAUUUCAUAAUGUAACGGCUUCUGACAGCUACUUUUUUUGUUUGUUUAUUUGUGUCCUUAAGCCAUCAUACUGUUUUACUGUUUUUAACACCUUUUUGGUAUUCACCAGAAUUCAUUAAAAGUUACUGUGUAAGUUUUUUUUUUAUGUAUACGGACAAAGAAUAAAAGACCAAAUAUUUGCUCAGGAAUUGUGAGAGAUUGAAUAAAGGUGUUAUGGAAACCACA